CGGGCACCUUUGGCGCCGCCCCUUCGCUUGCUUCGCUGCCUCCUCCGCCCGGCGCUUCCCGCACAAGACGCGAGGAAGAGGAUGCCGAGCGCCGGCGCCAGCCUGACCCCGCAGGUGCACUGGGCGCAGCGGCACCACCAGCUCUACCUGCGCGUGGAGCUCAGCGACGUCCAGGAUCCUGACAUCACAAUUACAGACAAUGUUCUCCAUUUCAAAGCUCAUGGCCACGGAGCCAAGGGUGACAACGUGUAUGAAUUUCAAAUUGAGUUCCUGGCACCAGUGGACCCGCAGCCAGCCUAUAAAAUGACACAGAGGCAGCUGAACAUCACCAUAACGAAGAAGGAGAGCCGGUGGUGGGAACGGCUGACCAAGCAGGAGAAGCGGCCGCUGUUCCUUGCUCCGGAUUUUGAUCGUUGGUUGGAUGAGUCGGAUGCUGAGAUGGAGCUGAAAGCCAAAGAGGAAGAAAGGGUUAACAAAAUCAGCAUAGAGAACCGCAUCCCCAAAGACCCUUUCCGGCACCUGAAGAGAGGCUACCUCUUCAUGUACAACCUUGUGCAGUUCCUGGGCUUCUCGUGGAUCUUCGUGAACAUGACAGUUCGGCUCUUCAUGCUGGGGAAAGAUUCUUUCUUUGAUACAUUCCACACGAUGGCAGACAUGAUGUACUUCUGUCAGACGCUGGCUGUCGUUGAGAUUGUGAACACACUGAUUGGUCUGGUCCGGGCUCCUUUCAUGCCUGUCGUCCUCCAGGUCUUUGGGAGAAACUUUGUGUUGUUCCUUGUCCUUGGAGGUGUGGAAGAAAUGCAGAGCAAAGCUGUCGUCUUCUUCAUCUUCUAUAUUUGGAGCAUGGUGGAGAUUUUCAGGUAUCCGUUCUACAUGCUCUCGUGCCUCGAUAUAGAAUGGAAGAUCCUGACCUGGAUUCGAUACAGCAUCUGGAUGCCCCUCUACCCUCUGGGGAUCUUAGCAGAAGCUGUCUCCGUGAUUCAGGCUAUUCCAGUCUUCAGCAGCACCGGGAGAUUUAGCUUCAUGCUGCCCUACCCGCUGAACGUCACCGUUCCCUUCUCAGUUUUUCUCCAGCUCUACCUUGUCUUCUUGUUUCUAGGGCCGUUUGUGAAUUUCCGCUACCUCUACAAGCAACGGAAGAGACACCUUGGACCCAAAAAGAGGAAAAUGCACUAGGCCGGAGCCUGGAAUG